AGUGGUGCAGCGCGGCCCCGCCACAGCUCGAGAACCCUCCUCGCUCUUGACACAACACCCCAUUCCUCCGUUCCAGCCAUACAUUCCCACCGAAGAGCCGGCAGUUUUAGACAAGACGCAUUUCUGACCAGCAGACGGCUUCUGCAAGGGACGACGAAGGCGGCGUCGCGCAGAAACCCGGAACCCGUGCGGUUUUAUCCCAGCGCGGCCGCGCGGGCGAGGCGGGGCUACCAGCAACACUCGACGACUCUUCGCGGGCAGAUGCAAGCAUGGAACCCCGACGGCGGCCAGAGUACCACCUGGACAUCUUCGCCGACCUGGCCUGCGUCAAGGACGUCGUGAAGGCCAUUCUGCACACCAUCUUCUUCCACCGAUACUUCACGUCGAUAUCGCCGCUGACGAGAGACCUGCUCGACCUCACGCUUCCCGCCAUUGACGAUGUCGACCUCGAGACGCUGAUCGACCAGCGCACCAUUGCGCUCGUGCGCGCCAUUGAAAGUACACACCAGCAGCGAGGCCGCGGGCAGCUGGUCGUGCAGUUCUUUGAGAAGCGGCGGAGAAAGACGUACUUUUUCGGCAAAGCCGACGAGGACGUGUGCUGGGAGCAGUGGACGCUGGACGUGACGCUUGCGACACCGCGCACAGAGACGGACGUUCUCAAAGUCCGCCGCGCCAUGACCAAAUCCCUCGAAAAGGCCGCCCACAAGAUUAUCACCAUUGUCAACCGCGACAAAGACCACAUCCCGCCCAUAACCACCACCGAUGCGAACCCAUUCCCCUACCAAGUCAUCGUGAACCCAAAGGCUGUGCCCGACCAAAAUGCUUGGGGUCCCAGAAUGGGCAUCUUCUCAAACGCAUCCCAGACGGCUCGAUGAGGUGGGGGCGGGGUAAGCACCAAGCAUGAGUCCAUGUACAUAUAGUUUCAAAAGCCGUGCACUAUGCCAGCACGCAGCUGGACACGCCUCACACACAACUACGGUCCGGCCGAACAAACCUUUCAUGUUAUCAGCGUCGUUAAAAGGAGAUGGAAAAGCAUUCUUGGCGUGCAUCGGUCACGUCGCAUGAGAGGCAAACAUGCCGCGGUUUUGUCGGGACAGCUCAACCUUUUCCUUACACCUCGUCAUUCACCCCUCCAUCACCCCCCGAAAGAAACCACGAGCUAGGUAUACAAUGUCCUGAGCCGCUUGGACAGCAAAAGGCGGAUGUUUAUGAGUUUCCAUUGUUUGGAAGGAAUGCUGAGAUGAUGUAAUUACACAAGAUACCCCCUCCCCCAAUGAUAUUAUGUUUCCAAGAUCAUGCCGCUGCAUAGUGGCGUCUGUGGAUAUUGUUUACGG